UCAUAGCUCCUUCAUCUUCAUGUCCUGAUCGAUUCGAUUAUCUACUUUCAUGUGUAUCUGCAUCACGUAAUUCGUUUAAUCCAAUUGAAACAAGAUUUAAUUCAAGUGAAAUGGAUCCAGAACCAAACAGUGACAAUGAAGAGAAAAAAGAUCCAAAAAUUACUGAGGAUAUGAAGGAAAAAGCAAAGGGUAAGAGGCCCAUGACUCGAUCAAGUAGCAAACAAGUCGAAAUGGAUAGUGAAACAGCGUUAAAUCUGGCACUGAUAACCCAGAAGGCCCAAGGAAUUGUGAUUGAUGAAGCUAGAGUACUAAGAAGCAAAGGAAAUGCGCCUGCUGUUGGUGUUGGUUCUAAAAAAAGCAAGGGAAAACAGUUGGAAAAUGUUGCAAAGGGCUCUUACUAUCUGAGAUCGAGUCGAAAGGGGAUGGAUAUAGAUGGUAAACCACCAAAGGCAAAGACAGUGUCUGGUAAAAAGCGCAAAGGGGGAGAGAGGAAAAGGUUGCAAAGCCCGGAAACUGAUACUGAAGAGAUGUGCAAAAGAAUUAAAAGGAAAAGAGAUCGUGAUGACGAUGCAGAUGAUAUGGAUGCAACUCCAGCACGCAUGACUCGGUCUAGUAGUAAACUGAGGAGGGUAAAUUCCCUUUAGAGGUAUUGUUGAUUCUUUGCUUUUGGAUCUGAAUCUUGUUGAAGAAAAGUUUGAAACACUAUAGGUCUUAAUCCAUGCUUCCUGUCAUACUGUGUACAUGUGUAUAUUCAACUUUGUCGAAUAGUUUUGGUUAGCAAAUGUUGUGGUUUGUAUAUCUGAAUCAUGUUGAAUAAAAGUUUGAAACACUAUGGGUCUUAAUCCAUGCUUUCUGUA